CGAGCGGAUGAGGAAGUGCAGGAGGUGCUGAGCGGCGGGAGCAAGCGAGGGAGAAAAAGGGUUUGAGGGUUCGAGGGAGCGAUCUAUGAGAUUAGAGAGAAAUUUUGAGAAAGUCGAAAGAAACAGAGAAAUUUUGAGAAGUCGAAAGGUCAGUGAGAGCAAAGUCACCACUCUUUUUGUUCUUCCUUUUUUUCUUUUCUUCAUUAUUCCCUUCGAAUUUGCUAUUGGAUCGAAGACAGACAGAGAUUGCACUGUAGGCUAAAUCUCCGACGCAGGGGGCGAGUGUGAGAGAGAUAGAGAGCAAGGAGUUAGAGCGCGAGUGGGAGAGGGAGUGCCAGAGGUGAGAGAGAGAGAGGAGAGAGAGAUUGAGGGUGUCUACCAGUCUGCUGGUCUUUCUUUAGAGAAAGUCGCGAUUCCACUCUGUAACUCGAUUUCUUCUUCUCUCGUAUCGCCUUCUCGAAUCACAUGGAGAACAAGCUUGUGGUUCUUGGCAUCCCAUGGGAUGUUAACACGGAAGGGCUGAGGGAGUACAUGAGCAAAUUUGGGGAAUUGGAAGAUUGUAUCGUGAUGAAGGAACGCUCUACUGGUCGAUCUCGUGGUUUUGGCUAUGUAACAUUUGCAUCAGUUGAGGAUGCGAAGAAUGCACUCAAAAGUGAGCAUUUUCUUGGUAACAGAAUGUUGGAAGUAAAAGUUGCCACACCAAAGGAAGAGAUGAGAGCACCUGCAAAGAAAAUUACCCGGAUAUUUGUGGCUAGAAUCCCCCAAUCUGUCACAGAAGCAGCAUUCCGGAGUUAUUUCGAGACUUAUGGUGAAAUAACAGACCUCUACAUGCCAAAGGAUCAUAGCUCAAAGGGGCAUCGUGGAAUUGGUUUUAUCACCUUUGAGAAUGCCGAAUCUGUGGACAACAUAAUGGCCGAAACUCAUGAAUUGGGAGGUUCCACUAUAGUUGUCGACAGAGCAACACCUAAGGAUGAGGAUUUCAGGCCAGGGAGGUUUGCACAAGGUGGAUAUGGUGCAUACAAUGCUUAUAUUACAGCUGCUACUAGAUAUGCAGCAUUAGGUGCUCCUACAUUAUAUGACCACCCAACCUCAGCUUAUGGAAGAACGGAACCCAUUCGAGGAAUGGGUAAGAAGAUAUUUGUUGGCAGGCUUCCUCAGGAGGCAAGUGCUGAAGAUCUUCGCCAGUACUUCGGCAGAUUUGGUCGUAUUUUAGAUGUUUAUGUUCCUAAGGACCCAAAGAGAACUGGUCACAGAGGCUUUGGUUUUGUAACUUUUGCUGAAGAUGGUGUUGCAGAUCGUGUAUCUCGAAGGUCUCAUGAGAUUUGUGGACAAGAGGUUGCCAUAGAUUCAGCUACACCACUUGAUGAUGCUGGUACAAGCACAAACUACAUGAUGGAUGCUGCUGAACCAUAUGGGGGCUAUGGUGGCCCUAUGCGUACCUAUGGCCGGAUGUAUGGGAGCCUUGAUUUUGAUGAUUGGGGUUACGGAAGUAGCAGCACAAGACCUUCAAGGAUGGACUGGAGGUAUAGGCCAUACUAGUAGGGUAACGGAGUGCAUUGUCUUGGCAAAAGUAUCCAAAUUGGUCGUGAUACGUUAUUUGGAUUUCCAUCUUCUAUAUCGUUCGACUCAUUUGGAGUGUUAUCUUGAUGGAUUGUCAAACGUGAUUAGUGGAUCUCUCAUCUUUAUUUCUAUCUUAAGCAAGGUUAAGUAUCGACAUGUUCGAUACUCAAUUUGAAUAUCGGGCGUGUAAUUCACUGUAAAACUUUUAGAUACACCUUUCUUUACCUAAUUUUUUUUAGUCUGAAUGUGCAGACGGGUACCUGAGCAUAAUUAUUAUCAUUUCAAACUAUUAGUUACAGCCAA